AUGGCAAGCAUCAUCAAUACAAAGAAGGAACAGACUAUUAUACAGGAAGAACUGGAUCACCUUGAAGUCUGGAAUAAUAGAAAUAGGAUGAAAGUCAAUAGUGCAAAGUUAUUAGUUGUAUACUUCAAAAACACAUCUGCUUCCCAGACCACUGACUGUCUGAACCUGAGAGAGCAAUGCAUUCGUGCUGCAAAUGGAUGUGAAAGUGUCUGGAAUGUAAUUGAAGAUGCCUGUAAUAUUUCAGGCAACAGCUGCAAGGCAAAAGAUUCAGUUGGCUGUAAUACAACCAUCCAAUUCCUGGCUAACCAGUAUCCACAAUUUAAAGACUGUAUCUGCACCAAAGAUGAUUUUUGUAGCACCAAACUGUUGCUUGGGAAACAAUGUGCCGUUAAAAAAGGGCAUUUGGAGCCUUCCCUAAGCCCAGAUAUGCAAUUAAACUUCAGGUCGCACUCAGAACCCAAAGGCAUGCAACGCACCGGGGAAUCAGAAAAUGACUGCAGUAUUGCAAAGCAAAACUGCCGAGAAGACCGUAACUGCUUUAUGAUGUAUAAGAACUUCCAAAGAGUUUGCAGGGCAGAGGUGGCAAAAUGCAGUCUCCAAAUGGUUGGCCAACAAUGUUUGUCAGCAUGGAAGGAGCUGAGGAAAACAGUGCUGGGGAACUGCAAGUGUUCAGAACCAAUUCAAAAAAGAUGUGUUAAAAUAUGGAAGAGUAUCUUUAAUAACACAUGUUUACAGUACAUGCAGGAGAAUCAAGCUUUUGCCAUGCAGGAAGACGACUAUGAUGAUGAGAGAAAUCAGGGCAUUCAUCCAGAUAAAAUUAACAUGGAAACUAAAUUACAAUGGAACUUAUCUGCUCUUUCCAAACAUGAAUACAUAGAGAAUGGAACCUGUUUUGAUGUAAACAAGGAAUGUAUUGAAGAUGAAGUAUGUAAUAAACAGUUAUCUCUGUACCUUAAAGUUUGUUCAGUAACUAGAAAGCAGUGCAACAUGGAACAAUGCCAAGCAGCCAUAAGGUUCUUCUAUCAAAAUAUGCCUUUUAAUGUUGCCCAGAUGUUGACAUUUUGUGACUGCACCCAGCCUGAUGAAUCUUGUCAGCAAGCCAAAGAACUUCUUCAUGGCAAGCCAUGUGCAGUCAACAUAGUUCCCCCUCCUUCGUGUCUAAAUGUAAUUCACAGGUGCCAAGACAAUGAAUUGUGCAGGAAAAAAUAUGAAGUGUUUCGGUCUAAGUGCUGGAGACAUGUGACAAAAAGAUGCUAUGACAAUAAAGCUUGCCUUGAAACUUUAAUCAAGGAUGAUCUGAUUUGCUCUGGAAGUGCUGACUGCAGAGCAGCUUACAUUGACAACUGGGGCACCAUGCUUCGCGUGGAAUGCACCUGUCAGACUGUCCCACUAGCUGAACAGUCUUUGUGCAAGCUCUUCCAUCACCUGCUUCACAGCAAGUCCUGCUUCAGUCAGAUUUCAAGAGGAAAGACAGGCCUUCAGCUGAUACAUACUGACAUGCCAGGAGAAAAGCUUCCCAUAACAAGAUUCCGUUCUCUAUUUAAUGGUGAAACAAUCUAUAUUAUUGCGUAUACAUCUUGCAUAGUACUCAUCCUGGGAAUAAUCCUGGUGGCUCUCCUAAAGACCAGAGCCUGCAGAGCAACAUAUCCAUCAAGAAAUCCCUCACCAGUUCAUUCAUCUGAGAUUCUUAUGGUCCAUUAACAGUCAUAGAUAAUCAAUAUUGUGGCAAACUCUCUUUAAGGCUAUUCUUGGUAGCCAGCCUGUUGUGGAUAAAUCAUAAUAAAAUAUAUGUUAUAAAGUCUAGUUUGUGAUGGGAUUUUGUGGUUGAGAGUAUGAAAGAGUUUUAUAUUUACUUCUAUGUACAAAACCUUUCCCAAAUGGAAAAAAUGUUAAAACUGCACUAAUUCACUCACCUGUGCAUGCUCAUUGAUUUAUAUGGCACUGUCUAUGUGCCAUAGUUUUGGAAUGUCAGUAUAUGAUUGUAAAAUCUUCUUCAUCUUCGUCUGGCUGAUGGAAAGGUAGAACAACAACUAUAAUUUUACAUUUAGAUGGUUAAUUCAGACAACCCUGUGUCUGGAGCAGCAGAGUGUAUUGCUGGGGUGGCUCCUUUGUAUCUGUGACUCCAGCAUUGAGUUGUUAUAUGUUACAUGAUCUGUUCUGGGUGACCAGAGUUGCACACUGGAGAAUCUUUAAUUUUACAUUUGAGCAUCUGUCAUAGUUUGUGGUAAAAAUAUUAUAUCUGCAUGAAUCUGGGCUAGCUACAUGGCUAAGAGUGGCAAAAAGAAGGUUAAGCCUGAUUGCAGUCUGUAAGUACCUAAAUGGUGAACAAAUAUUUACCAAUGGGCUAUUCAAUCUAGCACAGAAAUGUGUAACAUGAUCCAAUGGCUGGGCGUUGAAGUGAGGCAAAUUUACACUAGAAAUAAGAUGUACAUUUUUAACAGUGAGAGUAAUUAACUAUUAGAACAAUUUACCAAGGGUGGGUUCUCCAUCACUGACCAUUUUAAAUCAAGAUUGGAUGUUUUUUCUAAAAGAUCUGCUCCAGGAAUUAUGUGGGAGAAGUUCUUAUGGUCUGUGUUACAGGACAUUGGACUAGAUGAUCACAAAGGUACCUUCUGACCUUGGAAUCUAUGAAUGUUACUGGUACUAUUUUUUUUUUGUAUCCCCAAACCCAGAUGACCUUAGCAGUAUGAGUGCAAAUGUCCAGCCCUUGAGAAAGAAAUUAAUCACAAAUACACUUUAGAAAUGUCUAAACUUUAAAUUAGUUUUUCUGUACGUAAUAAUAUCAAGAUUUUAAGGUCUACUCCACCCACAGGGAAGAUUUCCAGGUUCUACUUCUAUCAAGUGCUCCUGUUUCUGGCACACUUGGGAAACAAGAUAUCACACCUUAACCCCCUAACUGACUGAAGACUGAAUAGUGGCAUAGGUCUCAGGCCAAGAUAAUUUGUUUAAUAACUGGUGGUAAUUUUAUUUUUAAAUGACAGCUCCUUGACAUUGCUAAGGUAAAUUGUACUAGUUU